AUUUUAGAUCGGAGCUCGACUCUUUUUCCCUGUGACGUCACGGUGGCCAGGAAAUCCAAUCGAGCGGAGAGGUACCCGGUGAAGAAGUGCACAGGCGACGCGAAGCCGAGGCAAAUAUGUUUCGCAAUCAGUAUGACAAUGACGUGACCGUAUGGAGCCCACAGGGUCGCAUUCAUCAAAUCGAGUAUGCCAUGGAGGCUGUGAAACAAGGCUCUGCCACCGUAGGACUCAAAUCCAAAACCCAGGCUGUCCUCGUUGCACUCAAGAGAGCUCAGUCAGAACUGGCAGCCCACCAGAAGAAGAUUCUCCAUGUCGACAACCACAUUGGCAUAUCCAUCGCUGGUCUCACUGCAGAUGCCAGGCUGUUAUGUAAUUUCAUGCGUCAGGAGUGCUUGGACUCCAGGUUCGUGUUUGACCGUCCCCUGCCCACGUCGCGACUCGUCCAUCUUGUCGGCAGCAAAACUCAAAUCCCCACACAGCGAUACGGAAGGAGACCCUACGGCGUCGGACUGCUCAUCGCCGGCUACGACGACAUGGGCCCCCACAUUUUCCAGACGUGCCCGUCAGCCAACUACUUUGACUGCAAAGCCAUGUCCAUAGGUGCCCGCUCGCAGUCGGCCCGCACCUACCUGGAGAGAUGCAUGGACAAGUUUGCAGACUGCAAUCUGAAUGAGCUGGUCCAGCACGGCCUGAGAGCCCUCAGAGAGACCCUCCCCACUGAGCAGGACCUCACCACCAAGAAUGUUUCCAUUGGCAUUGUGGGUAAGGACAUGGAGUUCACCAUCUAUGAUGACGACGACGUGGCCCCCUUCCUGGAGGGUCUGGAGGAGAGGCCACAGAGAAAGGUGGUUGCGCCUGCAGAUGACGACGCUGCCGCCCCACCCGCGUCUGACGAGCCCAUGGAGCACUGAGGCGGAAUAUAAAAUUGACGCACUUCCUGUUUGUGACAACAACAACAAAAAAUUGAGAUGUGCCACCUGCCUAAAGACAUCAACCCCUAAAUAUUCUGCCAGCAACAGUCAGUGAGUGCUUUUGUAUCGGUAGAAUGUACCCUUUAUUCAACAAAUAAACGCCCCUUUUUUUUUU